UAAUGGAUUGGUCAAGAGGCCCAACCGUCGGCCGUGGUUCAUCCGCCGCCGUAUCCGCCGCCUUCUCCAAGUUUUCCGGUGAAGUUUUCGCCGUCAAAUCAACAGAAUUCUCUUCCUCCGAUUCACUCCAACAAGAACAGAGUAUUCUCAGCGUAUUAACUCAUCCCAGAAUUGUCACCUACAUUGGUCACAACACCACAAUGGAAAAUCACAAACUUCUCUACAAUCUAUUAAUCGAGUUUCUUCCCGGCGGCACUUUGAUCGAUGAAAUUCGCCGGCAAAACGUCAGUUUGAAAGAACCAUUGAUGGGUUAUUACACACGCCAUAUUUUGGAAGGAUUGGAUCAUAUUCAUUCGAUUGGGAUUGCACAUUGUGAUAUUAAAGGACAGAACAUUCUCGUUGGAGAAAAGGGUGCGAAAAUCGCUGAUUUUGGUUGCGCCAAAUGGGUUCAUUCGCCGGAUAAGAUUAAAACCAUAGCCGGCACUCCAAUGUUCAUGUCCCCUGAAACUGCCCGUGGUGAAGAACAGAGCUUUCCGGCUGAUAUAUGGGCGUUAGGUUGCACGAUUAUUGAAAUUGCCACCGGAAAAUCGCCGUGGUCUGGUAUCUCCGAUGACCCAGCUUGUAUUCUUUACCGAAUUGCGUUUUCCGAUGAGUCUCCGACAAUCCCUGAUUUUCUUUCCGGUAAAGCUAAGGAUUUUCUGUUCAAGUGUUUGAGUAGAGACCCAAAAGAGAGAUGGACGUCAAAGGAGUUAUUGAAACAUCCAUUUGUAAAUCAAGAAUCAAACUUUCAUGAAGAGAGAAAUAAAGAAAUCAACUUCUGUUCUCCGACGAGUAUAAUUGAUUUAAACCUCUGGAAUUCAGUAGAAGAAGUUUCAGAAGUUCCAUCUCCAUGUAGUAAAUCUGAAACAUGUUCUCCGGUGGGUAGGAAUAGGAUCCGGCAGUUGACGUCAUAUUCCGGUGAACCAAAUUGGACAGAUGAAGAGAAUUGGAUGACAGUUAGGGUUGGUUAG